AUGGCAGGUACUCUCACCAAACUAAAGACCGUGGUCUGGGGAAAGAUUCCCACCGAUCCGGUCGAACGUCGUCUCUUGUUCAAGAUGGACUGGUUCAUCUUAUCGUACUGUUGCUUAAUGUACUGGGUCAAUUACUUGGACCGAGCCAAUCUUGCCAAUGCCUAUGUAUCGGGGAUGCAAGUAGACUUGAACAUGAAGGGUAACGAGUUCAACUUGAUCAAUACUUGUUUUAAUGUGGGGUACAUUGUGGCGUUGGUUCCACACAAUUUGGUGUUGUUGAGAGUAAGACCUAGAUACUGGUUGUCAUUCUGUAUGCUUGUCUGGGGAGUUCUCACCUUGUCAUUGUACAAGGCUACUUCCUUCAAGCAAAUGUGUGCCAUCAGAUUUUUCGUAGCUGUGUUUGAAUCUGCUACUUUCACCGGGGUUCAUUUGAUACUAGGUAGUUACUACGAUGAAGAGCUCUUACCCUUCCGUACGGCUGUGUUCACCAGUUCUGGUUUGGUAGGUUCGAUUUUCUCGUCGGUCAUGCAAGCUGCCAUCUACGAGAACAUGGACGACUACAGAGGAAUCCGUGGCUGGAGAUGGUUGUUUAUCAUUGACUUUAUCGUCACCGUUCCAGUUGUUAUCUACGGUUUUUUCUUCUUCCCAGAUGCACCAGAAAUUUCCAAGCCAUUCUACUUCACCGAAGAAGAACAUCAGCUUGCGUUGAAAAAGUCUCAAGAUCGCAAACAUGUAGACUCCUUCAGCUGGUCUGUAUUCAAGAGAAUCUUUGGCAGGUGGCAUUGGUACUUGUUCUCGUUCCUCUGGGUUCUAGGAGGAGAAAAUGAGUCGUUUGCUUCCAACUCGUUGUUUGCACUCUGGUUGAAAUACUUCGAGUAUACCGUUCCUCAGCGUAAUCACUACCCAAUGGGUGUUUUUGCGGUGGGCAUUACUGCUACACUUUUAUCUGCGUUGUACUUGAAUGCUACUGGAGGUAAAAACCAUUGGCACAUUGGUAUAAUAAUCAUGUGUGCGAUGAUUCUUUCCGCUAUUCUAAUGGCAGCCCGUCCAUUGUCGACUGGUGUAGUGUUCUUUGCGCAGUAUCUAGGAGGUAUUCCCUACGCUGGUCAGACUGCGUUCUUCGCCUGGGCCAAUGUCGUCUGUCAGGACGACCUCCAGGAAAGAGCGGUAGUGUUGGCCUCUAUGAACAUGUUCAGUAAUGCCGUUAAUGCCUGGUGGUCGCUCUUAUUCUACGUAGCUUCAGAUGUCCCCAAAUUCAGAAAGGGAUGUUGGGCAAUGCUUGCUACAGCAAUUGCCAGUGGUAUUUUGGUCUGUGAGGUCGCCAGGGCUAAGCAUAGAUUCAGCCUGAAGCCACAACCUAGGAGCUGCGCGUACCGUGUUGUAGACUGA